ACACAAUGUUGGCGGUAGCUGAUUGUCAUCGCUCGCCACCCCGGUUCUUCGGCUUCCAUUUCUCUUUCAGCACCUUUUACUACUAGUUUCAGAAAUCAGACAGGCCAACUACCUUGUUAUCGUCUGCGCAUGCAAUGCAGUUAGCUUUGCUGCAUUUACCCACCAUGAUUACCUGCAGUACAGCUCGGACAACGUCCUCCAUUUCCUUAUGUUAUCCUCUAAUCCCCCACAGGCCACAGACGUUGGUUCAGCCGUACCUGUCACCCUUCCACUAAAUCUCAUCGCGAUCGAGCCCUUUCUGCUAAAAGAUACGGACAUCGCCGAGCACCAAGCCACCGUGCUUCCCAUCCAUCCUGGAAACUGCACAGGGCGAUUAGAGCAGAGCUACGCUUCCCACUGCAAAUUGCAGGGAAAAAGGGCAUCUGAAUCCAAUCAGGCCGUAUUCACUUUGCUGAAGAAAGCAUGAUUACACUGGGCGGAAAGCGUGUUAGCAGACUGCCUCCCUUGAGCUAUAAGUGUAGCCCAGGAGGGAGUGCUCAGAUUCCCCCUUCUUCUCCGCUCCACCAGUCUCCAUCCCUCGUCCUAAUCCUGAUAGUUUAUGGGUGGUGGCUCUUCCGUCUCGCCCAGCCCGGCCUGUCUAGCAGUCGUCUACCUUCCUCGCCUAUCCCACUCCGCUCUAACCACUGUACUAAACUAGCAGUACCGGAGCUGGACUGCCCUUCUACUUGUACUGAUUGCUUGUAGCUGUACUGUGCUGACAUUAUAUACCUCUUCUUGCUCGAGCCGAUUGCCAUUGCCACCCACCACGCAGAGCUGCAUUGCUUCGAGGACAUGGGUGUUGCAAGAGUUUUCGUCGUCGUUCUUGUUCUGAUUUGCAUAUUCCUCAGAGAGGGGAGGGCUGCGACCUUCACGUUCGUGAACCGGUGCACAGGGACGGUGUGGCCGGGCAUCCAGUCGAACGCCGGGAGCUCGAGGCUGGACCCGACGGGCUUCGUGCUGCCGCCGGGCACGUCGCGCGCGGUGCCGGUGCCGUCGGGCUGGUCCGGCCGCGUCUGGGCGCGCACCGGCUGCGCGCAGGACGGCGCCGGGAAGAUGGUCUGCGCCACGGGCGACUGCGGCUCGGGCUCCCUGGAGUGCAACGGGCAGAACGCGGCGACUCCUGCCACGCUGGCCGAGUUCACGCUCGCCGGCGGCAACGGAGACGACUUCUACGACGUGAGCCUGGUGGACGGGUACAACCUGCCGAUCCUGAUCGAGCCCGCGGGCGGCGCGACGGGCGCCACGACGUGCGCGGCCGCCGGGUGCACGGCGGACCUGAACGCGCGGUGCCCCGCGGAGCUCCGCACCGAGGGCGGCGCCGGGUGCCGGAGCGCUUGCGACGCCUUCGGCAAGCCCGAGUACUGCUGCAGCGGCGCGUACGCCAACCCCAACACCUGCCGCCCCACGGCCUACUCGCAGGUGUUCAAGUCCGCGUGCCCCAAGUCGUACAGCUACGCCUACGACGACCCCACCAGCACCUUCACCUGCGCCGGCGGCCGCGACUACACCGUCACCUUCUGCCCCGUCGCCACCCCGAGCGUGAAAUCGUCGGGCGGGCCUGGAGCGACGACGGCGCCACCGACGACAGGCGGCCUCACGCCGACACUGCCGGGGGCGGGCACUGGCGCGACGCCGCAGAUGCCGCGGCCGGCGGGCGGGCAACAAGGCGGCGCGGACGGGCAGGGCGUGAUGCUGGGCGACAACUCCUGGAUCGCCAGCCUCGCCACGGGCGACGCGUCGUCCGCGCCGCCACCGACGAGGGUCGCGCUCGCGCUCCGGUCCUCGCUGCUCGCGCCGUUCCUGCUUCUCGGACUGCUGCUAUAGCAGCAGCGGCACCCACCCAACCAAACCCAUCGCAACAAGUGAAGCGAAACUUUUGGUCAAAAGAAGCGGGCGUCGUGCCCACGGGCCACCGGAGCAAAGCGAGGUGGCGCGGGGCGCGCUCGGCUGCCGGCCGCCGGCCGCCGCCGCGC